GAUGUCUCGAAUAAGGGUGGCACUGACCCAUGCCGCCAAAUAAUCCGCUGAACCCAUCUGGAUCUUCCUCGAGCAGUACCGCAGUGGCAUGCAGCACUCGCAAGCGUUGCCUAGCCCGGCCCAGUGUACCCUUUGUUCCCGUUUCAACGGCAAGCUAACGCAAAGCGAUCGAGCGAUCCGAUCGUCCUCGCGAUUCCGUGUCUACCUUCUUCGUCUCUCCGUUUGUGUUUGUGUCGGUGGUUCCCAUGGGAUCGAAGUGGGCUCUGAUCCGGCCCUUCUUCCUCAUCCUCCUCUUCCACUCCGUGGCCAUCUAUCUCUUCACCCGCGGCUUCCUCCUCACCCGCACCGAGCUCUCCGCGUACAGCCGCUGCUCCGACCUCUCCCACUCCCCUUGCUCUGCACUUCACAACUCCUCCUCCCACGACGACCGCCGCUGCUGGACGAAGCCCGCCGUCGAUCGCCUCGUCAUCAUCAUCCUCGACGCCCUCAGGUUUGAUUUUCUUGCGCCCAGUUCAUUCUUUGCAGAGGCAAAGCCGUGGAUGGACAAGUUACGGGUGCUGCAGAAGCUUGCCUCUGGAGAAGGAUCAUCUGCUAGGAUUUUUAAGGCCAUCGCAGACCCACCAACAACUAGCCUGCAGCGGUUGAAGGGUCUAACAACGGGUGGACUUCCUACAUUUAUUGAUGUUGGUAAUAGUUUUGGAGCUCCAGCAAUUGUUGAAGAUAAUUUAAUAUGUCAGUUGAAUAAAAAUGGAAAGAGAGUGCUGAUGAUGGGGGACGAUACGUGGUUGCAAUUAUUUCCUGGUCAAUUUAACAAGUCAUAUCCUUACCCUUCUUUUGAUGUUAAAGAUCUUGAUACAGUAGAUAAUGGUGUCAUGGAACAUUUGCUGCCAUCACUAUAUAAAGAUGACUGGGAUGUUCUUAUUGCACAUUUUCUUGGUGUGGAUCAUGCAGGGCACAUAUUUGGUGUUGAUUCUACUCCAAUGAUACAAAAGUUGGAACAAUAUAAUAGUAUCUUGGAGAAAGUUGUUGAUGUGCUGAAGAGCCAGUCUGGACCUGGUGGUCCUCAUGAGAACACUUUUCUUGUUGUGAUGGGGGAUCAUGGCCAAACCUUAAAUGGUGAUCAUGGUGGAGGCACUCCUGAGGAGGUCGAAACAUCGCUAUUUGCGAUGAGUUUGAGAAGCCCUCCAGCUUCUAUUUUGUCCAUUCUUGAUUUGAAUUCCUGCAAACUUGAUUUGGAUGGAGAAAAGAUAUGCAUUGGCACCAUCCAACAGCUUGAUUUUGCAGCAACCAUGGCAGCACUUCUUGGUAUUCCUACUCCUUUUGGAAGCAUCGGGCAUGUAAAUCCUGAAUUAUAUGCUUUAAGUGCUUCUACAUGGGAUGGGCAAAAGAUGGGUACUAAUAAUUGCAAAUCUUGGUCAAAUUUGGAAGCUUGGAUGCAAAAUUAUGCCAACACUCUCUGCAUAAAUUGCUGGCAGGUAAUGUUUAUGCCCACUUGUUUAUGCUAGGAUAACAUCAUUCUC